AUGCUACAGACUGAAUAUGGCGGCGGCAGCGCCUGCAGCUACUGCGCAGCCGAGAGUAGGCAACUGGGCCCAGGUGUGCAUGUCCCGGACGACAGCUCCACCUACUCUGAACCCAUGCAGACACCCAGUGGCCACCCCAGGAAACACCCCCUGAAGAAAAUAAUGAAGAAAACACAAAGCUUUGAGAUUCCAUUAGGCUGUGGCCCCAGGAAUGUGCACCGGCCAGGCCACACAGGGUUCUUCAUCAGAGGACUGGAGACCACCACUGCCACAGCCCCAGAGAAGGGACCCCUGAGCCAGGGUGCUGAGAGCCCCCCUCAGAACCGGAGUCUGUCCUCUCCUGCCAGGACCCAGCCCUGUGAGGAUGACGGGAGGAAGAGAGAGAGCAGGAAGCAACUCCAGCACAUAAUGGCCCAGAUGAUUUCCACAGAGAGGGAGUAUGUCAGGUACUUAGGAUAUGUCAUCAACAACUAUUUUCCAGAAAUGGAAAGAGCAGACCUGCCCCGGGACCUCCGUGGGAAGAGCCAUGUCAUCUUUGGGAACGAGGCAGAACUCCAUGACUUCCAGGGCCAGCACUUCCUCAUGGAGCUGGAGUGCUGUGGGCUCUGUCCACUGGCCGUGGGCCAGGGCUUCCUCAGACACGAGGAACAGCUUGGCUUCUACGUGCUCUACAGCAAGAACAAGCCCCAGGCAGACGCCCUGCUCCACGGCCACGGCAACAUCUUCUUCAAGGACAAGCAGCAGGAGCUGGGUGACAAGAUGGACCUGGACUCCUACCUGCUGAAGCCCAUGCAGCGCAUGGGUAAGUACGCGCUCCUGCUCCAGGACCCGGUCAAGGAGGCCGGCCUCUGCCCGGCCCAACAGCAGGAGCUGGGGGAACUUGGAGCCGCCAAGGACGUGGUCCGCUUCCAGCUGCACCACAACAAUGAUCUGCUCACCGUGGAUGCCAUCCGCGACUGUGACGUGAAUUUGAAGGAACAGGGGCCACUGAGAUGCCAGGAUGCAUUCAUCAUUUGCUGUGGAAGGAGAAAGUAUUUGAGGCAAGUGCUCCCCUUUGAAGACCCCAUUCUGUUCAGCAAAACCACAAAGGUGGGUGGGAACUACAACACCUACACAUACAAGCAGUCCUUCAAGACAGCAGAGAUCAGGAUGAUGGAGAAUGUGGGUGACAGCAGUUUGAGGUUCAAGAUCUGGUUCUACAGGUGGAAAUCCCAGGACACCUACAUUCUUCAGGCCAGCUCUGCGGAGGCCAAGACCACCUGGACCGACGUGAUCAGGAAGAUCCUGCGGCGGCAGGCGCUGAGGAACAGAGAACUCAGAAUGCAGGAGGUGGUGUGUAUGGGGAUGGGCAACAAGCUGUUUGUGGACAUCAAGCCCAGCGAUGCAACCAGAAGUGACCAGGCUGCCAACUACAUCACGAAGGAGACAGAGUCACAGACCCAAAUGUCCACAGCUGUGCCUGCUCCCGGUGGCCAGGCCGCCCCCUUCAAGAGGCCACAUUCCACCAUCUCAGAGAGCAGCACAUCCUCCUGCAGCAGCCAGCCCUCCACCUGA